AUGUCUACCCGCUGCAGCUGCACCCUUAAACAGCUGGUGGGGAUUAUCUGUGUGCUGAUAACUGCCAUUCUUCUGGGACUAUGCAUUUGGAGACUUAUGGUCUGGAUGCAAAGAGCAGCAAUAUCCCCACCCGAAUCUUUUAAUUUCUGCAAGAAUGGAGGCACCUUGGAGAAGAAUGGAUGCAUUUGCCCAGAACAAUGGAAGGGAUGGAGGUGCACUAUAAUUAAUUUCUGUAACUACAGCACCUAUGAUGACACCACCUAUGGAAAAUUCCAUUUUGACAAAAUCGUAGUGGGUAAAUAUGGACCUUCGAAAGAAAAAUGUGAAAGUGACACCAAAAAUGCGGGCUUCCCAAAGGCAACUCGGCUCUGCACCACGGACAUUUAUAGUAACAUAACCUUAGAAGAUCCUUCAAUGGUGAAUUGUAAUCAAGACCUGGAGAUGCUAGCAACUCAGAUAGAAAAUAGUGAAGCAAAUUUCACAGAAAUUUCUUUUAAAACCCUGGGCUUAACCAGCAAUGCAGACGUGCUGACCAGUCAGAACAUCUCAUAUGCUGCCACUGUGGUGGAACAGAUUUUCAACACGUCCAAGAACACAUCGACUGAUGCAAAGAAAUAUGCAGUAACAACAGUAAGCCAACUUCUAGAGGCCAAUGAAGAUGUUUUCCAAAAGGCUGGCAACUUUGGAAACCUCACUAAAGAAUUGGAGAAUUAUUCCUUGGAUUUAAAGAAUGAUUCUGUAUUCCAACCUAACAUUGCCAUCCAGUCUGUUGACCUAUCUACAGAAAAUAUUUCAGAGUCUGUAACUGUUCUUUUAUCAGUCCAAAGAGGAGAUAAUGACAUUCUGAGUUCACAACGAACAACGAUAGAUAUAAAUGAAAAGGAGCUGAAACCAGAGGACCAAACAGAGUUGCAGAUCUUAAUCAAUACCACACAAAGCAUCAACAAGCAAUUUGGUUUUGUUCUGUAUCAGAAGAACAAAUUUUUCCAGUCAAGAACGUUCACCAGCCGGUCAAAUUUUAGUCAAAGAGUUGUUGCAGGCAAAGUUUCUGAUAGUGAUCCUAAUAGUACAACGAGGGAGGAAGUUUCAGAUGUUUCUGUUGAAAUGAUCUUUAAACCAAAGUACGAUAAGUUGCAAUUCCAGCUGCGUUCCUAUGCCUGUGUCUUUUGGAACGUUACAAAGAGUGAUUGGGACACCUACGGAUGUAAAAAGAAACCUAGCAACAACUCUCAGUUCCUUGGAUGCCAAUGCAACCACACCACGAAUUUUGCUGUAUUAAUGAGUUUUGAUAACAAUUACAAAUAUCCUGACUCUCUAAAUAUCAUAUCUAACAUUGGUUGUGGAUUAUCCAUUGCUGGUUUGGCUCUUACAAUUAUCUUUCAAAUUACUACCAGGAAGCUAAGAAAGACUUCAAUUACCUGGGUGUUUGUGAGUCUCUGCACAUCUAUGCUGAUUUUCAACAUCCUCUUCCUCUUUGGAAUAGAAAACUCUAAUAAAAAUAGCAUCAGGAUGAAAAGCCCUGAAAAAGAUGACAACGUGAUCCCUCAAUUUGAUAUUGAAUUUCCAGAAAAUCUUACAUGCACAGUGAUGGCUGCUUUACUGCAUUAUUUUCUGUUAGUGACAUUUACCUGGACAGGACUCAAUGCUGUCCAACUCUACUUUCUUCUGCUGAGAACCAUGAGGCCCCUCCCUGAACAUUUCACCAUCUUUCUCUCUCUAAUUGGAUGGGGAUUACCUGCUAUAGUAGUGUCUUUAACAGUGGGAAUUAUUUACCCGUUAAAAGGGGAAUUAGGAUACCGACAAGAGAUAAUAUGUUGGCUUGCAGUUCCAAAAGAUAACAAUUAUUUGGAGAGUCCAUGGUUGUGGUCAUUCAUUUUACCAGUAUCCAUCAUUCUCAUCGCUAAUGUUGUAGUAUUUAUUUUCAUAAUAGUCAAAGUUCUGUGGGGAAGAACAGACAACUUGACAAGCACAAAAAAGAGCUCAGUCAUGAAGAAGAUUCUUAGCACAUUAUCCAUUGCUGUGGUUUUUGGGCUUACUUGGAUUCUGGGUUACCUGAUGCUAAUAGAUGAUAACAAUGUAAAAGCCAUCUUCAACUAUUUAUUCUGCUUCUUCAACACAACACAGGGAUUGCAAAUUUUUUUCCUUUACACUGUUAAAACAAAAGCCUUCCAGAAUAAAGCUUCUGAAGUGUUCAAGUCAAUGACAUCUGCUGCUAGGAGGAUUAAAAUGCCUUCUCUGAAGACAAUUUCUCUACAUUCACAAGUGUAUGAGUUGAUUAGUUCCGUUCCAAGCAAGAUCGAGCAUUUUAGGCUGCUGGAGUCAUCUCUGACUACUCAGGAAACAUUCCUUUCUGAAAGUAGCCAAAAUAUUUCACACUACAAAACUAUAGAAGUAUAA